AUUAGCGCGCUUCAGCGAGUUAAUUUCACCAGUUCAACUACAUUUGUCGUUUUAACAGCCUCCGUGGGAUCAAGCUUGAUUAAAAUUAAACUAGCCAUCGUCGCUGUCAAAGGUCGGAAAAUUUUCAAAAGAGACAACUUGUUUCAAACUAUCAUCUAUUUUAUAACUUACUGCCGCUGGUUAACGUAAGCGCCGUUGAAGGUGGAGCUGUAGAGUUACCAUGUGAUAUAACUCCAAUAGGCUAUGAUACUCUUCAUAUGGUCAUGUGGUUCAAAGGUCAUGCAGAUGGAAUGCCACUUUAUACAGUGGAUGUUCGAAACAAAGCGUUAAGUGACGCUCUACAUACUUCUGAUACAAGUGUCUUUGGCCCAAGGGCAUACUUCAGGACAACCAUUUCACAUCCCGCUGUACUUGUGUUGGAUGACAUUAAAAGGCAUGAUGCAGCAAUAUACAGAUGCAGAGUGGACUUCCGUCAAGGACAGACGAGAAGCGUACAUUAUAAUUUAUCUGUUGUUGUUUUACCAGAGUCUCCAGUAAUUUUAAAUCGAUAUGGACAAGCUGUCAAUGACACAAUAGGUCCAGAAGGGGAACGUGACGAUUUAAUCCUCACAUGCCGAGUUACUGGCGGAUCACCGUCACCGAGAAUAAAAUGGCACGUUCCUAAUAUAACGUUUGAAGAAUCUGUCAAAAGUGCUGCUGAUGUUAUUGAAAAUAAAUUAACAAUGAGGUCACUACGGCGUGAAUAUUUAGGAUUCAAUUUCACCUGCGAGGCGUCUAAUACUGAUCUUGUUCCACCAAAAAGAAAAUCUGUUAAAUUAGACUUAAUUCUGAAACCUUUGACGAUAAAAGUAAGCAGACCCGGUUCUGCAAACAAAAAUGAAUCUCUACAAGCCAAACAUCGGUAUGACUUGGAAUGUGAAACAACUGGUUCAAACCCGCCUGCGGUAAUAACGUGGUACAAAGGAAAACGCCCACUCAAGCACGUCAGCGAGGAAAGAAGUCAAAAUUUAACAAUUAGUAGAGUUGAGUUCGUUCCAAGUGUAGAAGACAAUCGUAAACCAGUGAUUUGCAGAGCUGAAAAUCCAAGUGUCAAAGGGUUAUUUUUAGAACAAUUAUGGACCUUGGACGUCGUGUAUCCACCUCUAGUGUCAUUAAGUCUUGGAUCAACUUUGAAUGCCGGUGAUAUCAAGGAGGGUGAUGAUGUAUACUUCGAGUGUCACAUUAAUUCAAAUCCACCUAUCUCGAAACUUAUUUGGAUUCAUAAUAAUGAAAUAUUGAUGCACAAUACUUCUGCAAGAAUUAUUCAAUCAAAUCAAAGCUUGGUUCUACAAAGUGUAACGCGGAAUAGCGCUGGUUACUAUGCUUGUGCAGCAACAAAUUCAAUACGGGAAACAAAGAGUGAACCACUUCUCUUUCGUGUUAAAUUCGCGCCAAUCUGUAAAGAGGAUCAAAUCGUCGUUGUUGGAGCAUCACGCGGUGAAUCCUUAAAUAUUAGUUGUAAAGUAGAGGCAGACCCGCCAGUACGCAACUUUAGAUGGAAAUUCAAUAACAGCGGGGCAACCCUUGAAGUAUCGCCCAAACAAUUUACGAUACCGAUGUCUGGUGACGCUGAUGGUGUAAGCAUACUAAAGUACACGCCAGUUACAGACGUUGACUACGGUACGCUCUCAUGUUGGGCGGAUAAUGAAGUCGGUACACAAGCUAGACCUUGUCUCUUCCAAAUUGUGACCGCAGGCAAGCCAUCUCCAGUACGAAAUUGCACUCUAGCCAAUCAAACGUAUACAAGCGUUGAAGUUAAGUGUAUUGCCGGAUAUGAUGGUGGUUUGCCUCAGAGAUUCGUUCUCGAGGUAUACCACGGUAACAUUGAUUCGUUGCCAGACAGCAAACCACAAUACAACGUUUCUUCAAGCGACGAGCCAAUUUUUUCACUCUCCAGUCUAGAUGUUCCACAUGAUGCUGGAGUACAUGUUGCUGUUUAUGCUGUCAAUGCUAAGGGCCGUAGUCAACCGAUUAUUCUUAGUGAAGUUACAUUUCGUGACGCUGAAAAACGUACGGGUCAGGAUGCAGGGAUCGUAUUAUCUCCUCUAAUUGGCAUAGUAAUCGGUGCUCUUCUUACCCUUGUGUCUGUUGUCCUCGCAAUCGUUGUAAAAGCACGACGAGAACGAAUGUCAAAACCACGCCAUGGAAAGCCUGGCGAACUGAGAGAAUUACCACAACAGCAAUAUUCCAAUCCAAGUCCGCAACAAACAGUGGAAACUGAUCCAGAUGUUAUCCCAAACAAAUUUGAGGGAAAUUUGAUGGAAGUUAGCCCACCAAGUUACCCAGGUAGUUAUUCAUCAACACAUUGGGUAACACCUGGUCCAACACCAAGUAUUGACGAACUAUGUCAUAAAUUUACUGGAAGACCUACUGAACUACGAUUACCAUCAAGAAGUACAAUUCCAAUACUUCCCAACUCAACAAUUACAGGGGUGGUGGUUGGCGCUGGUCAAGGUGUUUUUGUUGCGGGAGAGUGUAUCGAUGGAGAAGCAAUUAAACGACGUCUUAUGGCCAACAGACUUCCCGAAAGUUGUGUUUAAAUCAAUAAUUACCAAAGCACACUGACCUUAGUUAUUCAUUGAUAUUAAUAAAAAAAUAAAAUAAAGAAAGUCAUUUGAUUAUAAAGAAAUAAUAAUGAUUGAAUCUCGCGUGCUUCCAAUAAAUAAAUAACGCGAAAAUAUUUAUUAAAUUAUUGCUAUUAAAUAAAUAAUUAUAUCAGAAUAAAAUAAAAAAAUAAAAAAUAAAAGACUUGUUUGGUACAAGUAACACAUACACUGAAUAAAUAACAACAAAAAACCAGAAAGUUAAUUACGUAAUCGAGUGGGUGAAUUCGUCUUCAGGAAUUCUCGUGAAAUGUACUUUCGUACUAUACUCCUGUUAAAAGGGAUUUUCGAUCUAGCGCGUACGCUUGCCAAGUCCGAGGAACUCGAAGAUGGAUGAGGUAAACGCGUGAAACCUAGAUGGAGAAAUAAAAUAAAUAUAAUAAUAAUGAUAAAAUACGGUAAAAUAAAAUUAAAGAGAAAAUUUAAAACUUAAAACAUUCAGAAGUAAUAUAUAUAUAUAUAUAUAUAUAUAUAUAUAUCCAGAUCCUUGUCUUUCUUCUUAUCUUUAGUGCUCAGUAAUAAUAAAUAAGAAUUGACUUGAGAAGAAGACUAUUCACCAAAUCUCUAUUAUUUAUCAAUUUUCAAAGGUAUUAUAUUGAUCCAUCUUAACAUAAAUUAUAAUUUUCUUCAUCAAAUAAAAAUCUUUAUUAACUCAUAUUAAAAAAAUUUUAUAUUUAUUAUGGAAUGAAAAUAAAAUUAUUAAUAUUGUUACUUAAUUAACUUAAGUAUAAUUAUUGAUUAAUGAGCACUGACGGAUAGAAAAGGAGUUUAAAAAAUGAAUGGAUGUCUUGUAUUCUAGAGUUGUAAUUCGGUCGAUGUAAAAAAAAAAAAAAAACAAAAAAAAAAAGGUUAUGAAAAGAUACGUUAAAGGUUAAAUUAAUAGUGAACACUGUAUAUAAAUGUUAUAAAAAUUUUGAGAAAAUAUAAUUUAAAAAAGUAAAUAUAUUAAGGUAAAAAAAAAGAUAAAAAAAAUACCUAGUACCCGAUAAGGGAACUAGAACCCGAUUCCUCCAUGUAUUUGUAUACCUAUAUUUAGUAAAAUUCAGUAAAUAUAGAUACACAAGGGGCAUUCCAAGACAAAUCGACCGCUUUAAACCCGACCUCUUUCGAUUUGGCCGAAAAUUUUUUUCCCUUUCUACCCCAUUAAAAUGAUUUUUCAGGAAAUUAUCAAAUUUUUUUACCCAACCCGAAAAAAGUUAUGAGUUUUUUCAAAAAAAAGGCUUUUAUUUUUUCGAAUAGCUAUAACUUAUUUGAAAAUUGACUAUUUAGGAUGUUUUUUAUUUUUCAAAAUUGUUGUCUUUGGAUGUACUUUCUAGAAAAUACGAUAAAAUUCUAAGAUAUUAAAAUCUAUAGAACUUUUCACUUUUUCGAAAAAAAUCACAAUUUUCUCAAAGUCCAACGUUUUCGAUUUUUUUUUUUUUAAAUUAAAAAAAGCUUUGUUCAAUUCUGAAAAGAAUGCCGUCCAGCGCAGAGUGGACCGACUUUUCCUUCUAUUUUUUUUAUCGAUCGAAAAAAAAAAUUUUUUCCCAGCUGGACUUAUUUGACAAAACAUCACUCUGGAAAUUUACGAGGAUUUAAAAAAACCCUCAGAGUUUGAAAAAUUGAGAAGAAAAAAAAAAUUUCAAGUAGUAAUCUUCAAAAAAAUUUGGAUUUUUUUCAAAAAAUUGAAAAAAAAAAACGACACCAAUAAUUAAUUUUUUGUAUUUUUUUCAAAAACAUCUAAAAACAAAGAAUGGAAAAAAAAAUUGCCAUUUGUUCAAUUUUCUACUAAGUCACAGGCUUUUGAAAAAACGACAAGCGUUGGAUUUCUUUUGGUGUCGUUUUUUUUUUUUUAUAAUUUUUUGAAAAAGGACCAAAUGUUUUUGAAGAUUACUACUUAAAAUUUUUUUUUUCUUCUCAAUAUUUCAAACUCUGGGGUUUUUUUUAAAUCCUCGAAAAUUUCCAGAGUGAUGUUUUGUGAAAGAAACCCAGCUGGGAAAAAAUUUUUUUUUCGAUCGAUAAAAAAAAUAAAAGGAAAAGUCGGACAACUCUGCGCUGGGCGGCAUUCUUUUCAAAAUUGAACAAAGCUUUUUUUAAGAUAAAAGAAAAAAAAAUCGGAAAAGUGAAAAAUUCCAUACAUUUUGAUAUCUUAGAAUUUUGUCUUAUUUUUUUAACUUCCCGCUAAGAAAAUUGUAAAUUUUCAAAAAUUCGGGAAGUUAUUGGUUUCGGUCCGAUUUACGAAAAUCGAAUUUCCAUCAGAUGUCGACGUUUUGAGGUCCUAGGAAGCUAUUCUGACUAAUUUCAAGAUGAUGUCCGAGUGUAUGUAUGUAUGUAUGUACGUACGUACGUACGUAUGUAAAUACCUGUAUCUUUUGAACGGAUGAACCGAUUUUGAACUUUAAGGUGCCAUUCGACGCGGAUUGUCAAUAUCUUGAAGCCGAGAGAAAAUUGAGCUUGAUCGGUAGGGCUCGUUCAGAGAUAUUCCAAAAAUAAAGUUUUUUCAAAAAUGUUUUUUUUGGAUAACUUUUAAUGUGCUCGAUGGAUUCAUUCCAAAAUGGACUGGGCUCUAGAGCUUAAUAAGCCACGUCGAAUGUCACCUCAACCAUCAAAAUCGGUUCAUUCGUUCAAGAGAAACCGUUGUCGAAAGAAUUAAAAAAAAAAUUUUUUUUUAUUUUUCCUGAAAUAUCUCAAAAACGACUCGAUAAAUCGAAUCCAAAAUUUGAUCAGCUUUAGAACUUGACAAAACGCGUCGAUUGCCGCCUCAACCAUCAAAAUCGGUUAAUUCGUUCGCGAGAUAUCGUGGGAGAAAGAAAUGCUAAAAAAUGGUUUUUUACAAAACAACGGCAUACAAAAGUAUUUGCGAGCUCGUAGAGCUCGAAAAUGUAUUCACAAUAGUGUUUUCGAGCUCAACGAGCUCAACGAGCUCGAAAACAGCGGGAAGUUUUGGGGCUGGCCCGCAGGGUCAACUGACAGACCGAUUUUUUUUUUCGGUAAGUACAUUCAAAGACAAUAAUUUUGAAAAUAAAACGUCCUAAAUAUAUAGUCAAUUUUUAAAGAAGUUAUAGCUAUUCGAAAAAAUGAAAGCCUUCUUUUUUUAAAAAAACUCAUAACUUUUUUCGGGUUGGGUAAAAAAAAAUUGAAAAUUUCCGGAAAAAUCAUUUUAAUGGGGUAGAAAAGGAAAAAAAAUUUCAGCUAAAUCGAAAGGGGUUGGGUUCAAAAGUGGUCGAUUUGACGUGGAAUGCCCCAUAAAUACAUGAGUGAUCGGGUACUAGGUCUCUUACCUUAUAGCUUUGUUUAGAAAUACAAAAGACAAAAGUCCUGGAAAGGAUUAUCUGAUCCUACAUAUCUAAGAGAAUCAAUUCUUCAUUUACUCUACAAUAACUAGUUAUAAUAAUUGUAAUAACAACAAUAAUAAUAUUAAUAAUAAUGGUAAUAAAAAUAAUAAUAAUAAUAAUAAUAAUAAUAAUAAUAAUAAUAAUAAUAAUAAUAAUAAUAAUAAUAAUAAUAAUAAUAAUAAUAAUAAUAAUAAUAUUAAUAUUGAUAAUAAUAAUAAAAAUAAUAAUAAUAAUAAUAAUA